ACCGAUACACUCGCGAUGCCCAUGGCGGCGAUACACGCAUACCAAAACCUCGGCGUCAACCAAAAGCUCACGCAACUGCAGUCGCCUGCGCCGAGAAGACUGGCGCCAGCUCCGAUCGAUACCAACCGGUGCAAAAAGAAAACGUAUCUCCACCAGCCUUAUCCCACCCAACCUGCAUCUGUGGCUCGAAGAAAUGCAAGGGAAAGGAAUCGAGUGAAACAAGUUAACAAUGGAUUUGCAGCGCUCCGUCAGCAUAUUCCGUCGGCUGUUUCUGCUGCUUUGGCAGGUGGCAGAGGGUCUUCGAGAAAAUUGAGCAAAGUGGAUACUUUGAGAUUAGCUGUUGAGUAUAUCAAGAGCUUAAAACGUUUAUUGGAAGAAAGUGAUGAGGGGUGUACGGAAACGCAACUCAAUUUGGGUUUAAACGGCAGUGGACCUCAGACUCCUCCUUCAUCCGAAGAAUCACACUCACCUGCACCUUCGCUCAUAUCGGAGAGCUCAGCGGGACCAAACUGUCAUGAUGCCUAUGAUUCCUAUGAUCCGAUGAGCCCGGAAGAUGAAGAGUUACUCGACGUUAUUUCCUGGUGGCAACAACAAUGAUUUAAGGUAUCGUGAUUUACGGUGAUCAAAGUGCGGCCAUUGAGCGGCUUGUUGAUUGUGAAAAA